AUGGACAUUUCUGCACCGUGGACAACGUACGAGCAAUGGGGGAAGCGGUAUGGUGGAAUCAUAUAUUGUACCCUGCUUGGCCAGGAGCUUGUCAUCAUCAACGAUGAGGAAAUACAUCAUGAACUGAUGGUGAAACGGUCGUCAGUCUACUCUGAUCGCCCAUACUUGCGUACGAACGAGUUAUUCGGUCUCGAUUGGAUCACAGCACUUCUCCCGUACGGGGACGAGUGGAGGCUACAUAGAAGGAUGUUCAACGUCGCAUUUAGCAAGCGAGCCUCCGAGAAGUACAAAGCCGUGCAAAUGAAGAAGGUGCACCAGUUACUCGGGAACCUGCUCUCCACACCGCUUGACUAUCCAAAGCACUUUGCCACUUUGUCUGCGGCUAUAAUCAUGGCAAUCACUUAUGGUUAUGAUGUUGCCCCCGAGGACGACCCCUUUGUGGAUAACAUCGCGGGUCUAGUAGAAUUGUUCGUAAGUGCAAUGACAACGGAACGCGCCACUCUACUUAGCGCUAUCCCGCUCCGAUACAAAAAGCAGGCAGCGGAGUGCCGCGUUCUUGCGCGAGUGGUACUGGAAGAUCCUGUCAAAUAUGUGCGGGACCGAACGGCGGCCGGUACGGCAACGACAUCAAUUGUGGGUGACCUGUUCGAGAUGGAACUUGGGGAUGAUUCGGCAUCCCGUAAGGAUGAAACAGUCAAGGCAGUAGCAGCCACUGUGUUCCUUGGUGGAGCAGAAACAACAGCUGCCAUCCUUCUUGUCUUUCUUCUUGCUAUGGUGUUAUAUCCAGAGGCACAAGCCAAAGCUCAGGAAGAAAUCGAUCGAGUGGUUGGAGAUGCCCGCCUUCCCGAGUUCAAGGACAGAGAUAAUCUUCCUUACGUCCAGGCUGUAUAUUUAGAGACCCUGCGAUGGCACCCUAUCAAACCCUUAUUGCUUCCUCGCAAGACAACAACAGUGGACGUUUUCAAUGGCAUGUAUAUCCCAAAAGGCAAGUCGUAUCCCUCGGCGAUGACCCGGGACGAAAAGCGCUACCCAAACCCCGCUGUCUUCAACCCUGAAAGGCACCUAACCGCCGGCGGAACGCUCGCCGAAGGUACGUCUUCCCAGUAUUUCGGUCUCGGUCGUCGCAUCUGCCCAGGCAGGCAUAUCGCAGACCAAAGCAUCUGGGCAGGAGUUAUAUCUAUCCUUGCCACCCUACGCGUUGGGAAGGCUAGAGACGAAGCUGGUCACGAAAUUGACUUCACCCCUGAGUUCACCAAAGGGUUAGCUCCGCAUCCUAAACCCUUCCAUUGUUCUAUAGAGCCACGGUCCUCUAAGACUGCGCAAUUAGUUUAUGCAAGCGUUGGCGCGAAUUGA